CGCCCUGCUCUCAUUCUUCUCUACGGCUCUGGUGACUCACGGCUUGACGGGACAUAGAGUCUUCUCUCCCCUCCUUUCCCUUUCCCACAGGUUUCGCGAGAUUUUACAUAGGCGGGUUGGUGUGUGGCAACAUUUCUCUGCCAGACGAACUGAACAAUGCUGAUAUGAAAUCUGCUUAAAGUAACCUUUGCAUUUCUGGAGGCAUGUCCAAGAAAAGGGGCAGAAAACGGAGCAGCGGGGAACUGAGUGACACAGUAACCCCAGACCCCAACUGCAUUCUGGGAGUCCGCAUUCAGCAUAACUGGCGUGAGAGGGGGAAUCAGAGCAAAUGGAAGGGCACAGUACUUGACAGAGUUGGUGUAAAUCCUUCCCUCUUCAUGGUGAAAUACGAUGGCUUUGACUGCGUCUAUGGCAUUGAGUUGUUCAAGGAUGAGAGAGUGUCCAACCUACAAGUGUUGUCAGAAAAAGUUGUAAACAAUAAAGUCAAGACACCUCCAGGGGCGGAGGAGUUGGUUGGCAAAGCGGUGGAGCAUUUAUUUGAAAAGGAAGAUGGAGAGAAGAAUGAGUGGAGAGGCAUGGUCCUCUCCAAAGCACCAGUUAUGACCAACUGGUAUUAUAUUACUUAUGAAAAGGACCCCGUUCUUUAUAUGUACCAGCUGUGGGACGACUAUGCUGAAGGAGACCUCAGGAUUCUGCCUGAAGCAGAAAACAAGCACCUGUUGCCUGCAGACAGGAAGCCAGGAGAAGAGACGGAGAGUCUCGUUGGGAAACAAGUGGAGUACGUUACUGACAAGGGUGUGAAGAGAACAGGCCUGGUCAUCUACCAGGUCCCGGCCAAGCCCUCUGUCUACUAUAUCAAAUAUGAUGAUGACUUUCAUAUUCAUGUCUAUGAUCUUGUCAAAACCACCUAGAGAUAGUGGACACUUUUAUCUCAUUCCCCGACAUCUCUCCACCUGCUACUGUUCCACUCAUUGCUACAAUCUGUUAUUCAAAGCCUAGACAGGGUUAAAUAGCUGACAUGCUUUAUUGUUCAGAAGUCAGUGCAAUCUCUUUUUAUUUCUUUUUUUCUUUUUUUAUUUGUAUGCACAGCAUAACUGUAGCACUGCUAUGCUUGGCUGUUUUGCAGAGAGAAAGUUUUUGUUUUGUUGUUGCUGCUCUACUUUAAAUACAACUUUAAAGUCUGGACAAAGUCAAAGAUUGCACUGCACAACAUUUGUGCAGCACUUUCACAUCUGUCCCCAAAAGUGCUCCUCUUAAUUAAAUUCCAGUGACUAACGAAGCUGCUUAAUAUCUCCUUUCAAAGGGCACUUUAUGUUGGCUUAUCUAAAUUGACGAUAAGUAUGACACACACCUAUGGACUAGGUGUUUUCCACUGAGGUAGUUAUUAAAAGAAAUGGGCAGAUGCAAAUGUGUGUGUGUGUGUGUUCAUCAAAGAAUAUCAAAUUAACUUAAUACCAGAAGAGAUGAAUGGAAGUUGCAUUGUAAAAUCAUCUUAAUUGAGGCCAAUUCUUUUUAAAAGCCAACAUAUUCCUGCACCUUUGCACCACGUGAAGUAUUGCAGCUUUCGUAGCUGGGUGAAGUGGCUACACGCUGCAUAUGUCAUUCGUGCUGAACAUGUCCUCGUGACCUUGAAGGAAGGUUUCUGCACAGGCCCUAAAUCCUAACAUCAAGAGCGCAAGUAUCAUGUUUGUGCUGGUAAUUAAAGUACUAAAUUUGCAUAUGAAUUUGAUCCCACUGAUAUCAUAAAGUGCCUUCCGGCUUGUCAUUUUGCAAUACUGUACUUACCAUUUCUCUGACUGUGCUCUUAAUGAAUCUUUGCCCCCGGAGGCUGCUAUUUGGUCCUCAUUUCAAAGUGGCAACACUGACAGCUGGAGCAAAGUUUUAAAACUAUCAAUUUGUAUUAGUGAUGUGUGUGUGCUCUUAAUGCAGUUUGAAAAAGUUCUUCAAACAUAAUGCACAUUAUCAUUGGUUGUAUAAUCUCACUGUUGACGUUGUGGGGAGCACUUUAUUGUAUAAAGUUUACAUAUUUAGGUAAUGGUACACUUUAAUAGUUUCCCCCAAACGAUGUUUCCUUAAGUGCAAAUGUGGCAGAAUUUCGCUUUAAGAUACACGCAUGUAAAAGAAAAAAAUAGCUACAGUACAUAAUGACAGUAUUUAAUCUACGAAACUUGUGUAAAAUUACUUGUAAUGUUGCCUGUUGUGAUUACUUCAGUUUAUUAGAGUAUCUCAUUAAAACGCCACACCAGCUUCUUGUGAAAAAGUAAUGUACAUUAAUUAAAAUAUGAAUAUUUAAAGAUUGUAAUCAACCGAUUUGUUCAGUGACUAAUCUCGACUCCUGCCUUUGGAACUCAUAGUCUUGCAAAUAUGAGCAGCCAGUUUCCCACUCAUGGAUUAAACAUAGUCCUAAACUUAAAGAAAAAUUCAAUGAAGAGCGCCACUGGGAUCAGAAAUUUAUUUUAAGAUUAGGCAUAAUCAAUGUUUGGGAAGCUAAGCCUCUGUUCGCUUGCCACGUGGACGUCAUCUCGCUUUCGUUACUGUGUUGCAGUUGCUGAACUGGCCUCAGUCUUUUCAGCCUUUGCUUUUUUUUUCCUGCAUGCAUCAUAUCUGAUCAGUGCCUCAAGGUUUAUAAACUUUAUUUGGAUGUGAAGAAGUGACAACACGUGGCAGAAUGGGUAAUGGUUUCUUACAUUUAAAUAAAAAAAAGGUUGACACUAAACAUCACCGCUCGCGGUGCUGUGGAGUGUGUUCUUCAUCGUGUACAGUGGAGUCAACCGAUAAUAAAUGGCUGCGUGUGCUCUUACUCACGCUUUCAGUCAUCUCCCCCUCUUUUCAAGUUGUAGCAGAAUCAAGUGAACUGUGUCAUUAUUGUCAUGAUUAAUAAAGAUUUUUGCACAUU